AUAGGCGCACGCAGUCGCAAUCUAAAUAUUAGCUUCAUAAACAUAAAAGUUGUGUGUGCUAAAGAGUAAAUGCGUGUUUUACCUAUAACAUAAAAAGUUAAUAUACAAUUACACAUAUCGCUGGCCGUCCAUUAAUGCUUAAGGGAAAAUCAAAAUGAUGGGCAUACAGUUGUUUAAUGAACUCGGCAGUAUUUUUCGUAAUACUCCCACAUAUGCGCUGGUGCUGGAGACUUUGCUGCUGAUCACGGUGAUUGCAUUGCUCUUGCAUAAACGUGGCGGUCGCGGGCUGUCCAAGGAGCAGCAGGAGUCUCUAAUUGAACAGUAUGAACCGGAGCCUUUGGUCGCCGACACAGAUCCGGAUCAUCCGUUGUUACGCACUCGCCUUGUUGAGUCGAGGGUGGGCAAGCGCAUAGUGGUCAAUGGGCAUAAUUGCCUAAAUCUGGGCUCCCACAACUAUUUGGGCCUGCUCGAGGACGAUGAGAUCCUGGAGGAGGCGUGCAAGUGUCUACGCAAAUACGGCGUCGGUUCGUGUGGCCCGCGUGGCUUUUACGGCACCAUGGAUGUGCACCUGGAGCUGGAGGAUCGCUUGGCCAAGUUCAUGGGUCUGGAAGAGGCAAUAGUCUACUCCUAUGGCUUCUCCACUGUGGCCAGCGCCAUACCCGCCUAUGCUAAGCGUGGCGACAUCAUCUUUGUCGAUGAAGCCGUCAACUUUGCCAUACAAAAGGGCCUGGAUGCCUCGCGCAGUACCAUUGUGUUCUUCAAACACAACGAUGUGCAGGACUUGGAGCGCUCGCUACAGCAACAGGAGAAACGUGAUCAGCAGAACCCGAAGAAGGCGCAAAAGACGCGGCGCUUCCUGGUCGUCGAGGGCAUUUAUAUGAAUACGGGCAAGCUGUGCCCGCUGCCAGAGCUGGUAGAGCUGCGCAAGAAGUACAAGUUGCGCCUAUUCCUAGACGAGACCAUAUCUUUUGGCACCUUAGGCCAAACUGGCCGCGGCAUAACCGAGCACUUCAAUGUCAACCGCGAUGAAAUCGAUUUGAUAUCGGCGAGCAUGGAGGGCUCCAUGGCCACCAUUGGCGGUUUCUGUGUGGGCUCGCAUUUCAUAGCCGAGCACCAGCGUCUGUCCGGCUUGGGUUACAUCUUCUCCGCCUCGUUGCCGCCAAUGCUAACCCAAGCGGCGAUCUCAGCAUUGGAUCGCUUCGAGCGCGAACCGCAAAUCUUUAGCCAGCUGCAGGAGAGAUCGCGCCAAGUGCAUACACAAUUCAAAUUAUUUACAAAAUUGAAGUUGGGCGGCGACGAGCUGUCACCUGUGAAGCACUUGUACCUGGCCGAAGACCGUGAGAGCUUUGAAGUAGAGAGCAAGCUGCUCAGCCAAGUGUCAGACAAGUGCAUUGAACGAGGCGUGGCCGUCGUGGAAGCCGCCUAUUUGCGGAACAGGGAACACAAGCCGAUUCGUCCGAGUCUUCGCAUUGUUGUUAAUCGAUUGCUGACCGAUAACGACAUUCGGGAGACCUUCGAUAUUAUUGAAGCCGUUUCCAUUGCUGAGCUUUAAGUUCGGUCGGUUUUCUUCAAUUGAAUUCAUUGCGUUCCUAGUUUAUUUUUGUUGACCUAUGACAAAAGCUCAGCACAUGCUUUUAAAA